AAUUCCCAUGUCCCUUGCGCCCCGGCGCAUCUACCAAGUCUGGAUGCGGAUCUGCACUCCGGCAGUCCUUGCGUCUUUGUCGGGUCCCUUUGGUGUCGCCCGCCCUGCGACUCGACGUGUCGGGCGUCCAUGUGGAGAUUCAGGGUCUGA